UCGUUCUCUGUUCCCUUUCGCUUCUCUCUCUCUUGAGAUUUUCCGUCAAAAUAGAAUCGAGAGGAAGAGAGGAUAAAAGCAAACAAAACAAGAAAGCACGAAUUUUUUCAGAUACAGAACUUCUUCGUCUAAGCCUCUGUUUUAUUUCUUCUUCUUCUUCUCUGUUUCAUAUAAUAAGAAACAGACACGAACACACAAACAAACACUGUAUCUUUGCUUCUGUCUCUCUCUCCAAAGAGUAAAAGUUCUGAUCGCGUCUCUUCUGCAGUUUGUUCGUUCCUCUCCAAAGUUUUCAGGUUUUUUAAAUUUUUCAGAUUUAUUAGGGUUUCUUUCUCUUCUGUUUAAAUUCAUUGGAUUGUCUGAAAAUUAGUACUUUUAAUUGAAAAAAAUUUCGAAAUUUAGGGCUUUUUUAAUUCCUUUAAAAUGGUUUGAAGAAAUUAGUGUUUUGUUAAAUAAAGACUCUCUCUUUAAUGGUGAAGAUUGUUUUAAAGGAUGCACCUUUAGAUUAGUCUCUCCAUUGUGAUUUUGUAGAAAGGAACUGUUUUUAUAGUCUCUGCCCUUAAAGUAAGUAGGAGAAAAGAUUAGAACUUUUGGUGAGAGAGAGAUGGGUAAUAAGCUGGUGGGGAGGAAGAGGCAAGUGGUGGAAGAAAGGUACACAAAGCCACAAGGCUUGUAUGUGAAUACAGAUGUCGACAUUAAGAAGCUUAGGAAACUCAUUGUUGAGUCUAAGCUCGCUCCUUGCUACCCUGGGGACGACGAGAGCUGCCACGAGCUCGAGGAAUGCCCCAUUUGCUUCCUGUUCUAUCCUAGCCUCAAUAGAUCAAGAUGUUGCAUGAAAAGCAUUUGUACAGAGUGUUUUUUGCAAAUGAAGAAUCCUAACUCAGCUCGGCCUACUCAGUGCCCCUUUUGUAAAACACCAAACUAUGCUGUUGAGUACCGUGGAGUAAAGACCAAGGAGGAAAAGGGCAUGGAACAAGUUGAAGAGCAAAGGGUUAUAGAAGCGAAAAUAAGGAUGAGGCAGAAAGAAAUGGAGGAUGAUGAAGAGAAAAUGCAGAAACGUAUGGAAUCAUCAUGUUCCUCUAGCGCAAGCGCCAUGACUGGUGAAAUGGAAUACGGUUCUGCUUCAGCAAUGUCUUAUAAUGAUCCCAUGGAAGAACCUGAAACUUCAUCACAGAACGUGUCAGUUGCUAGACAGCGCUCCCGCCGCCCUCAAGGAAACAGGGAUGAUGAGGCUGAAGCUGACCUUGAAGAGUUGAUGGUCAUGGAAGCAAUAUGGCUCUCCAUGCAGGAAACAGGGAUGCAGAGAGAUUCAGGUGGUGGGGGAGUGACACCUUUUAGGCAGUAUGUAUCAGAAGAAGAUCAUAGUUAUGCAGAACCAGCAACCCCGUCUUCAUCAUCUGGUGGACUUGCUUGUGCAAUCUCUGCACUUGCUGAGCAACGCCAGCAAAUAAUUGGAGAAUCCUCUAAUCACAAUCACAACGUCAACGUUGCUUCAUACAGUAUGCUUCCUGGCAACUGCGACAGUUACUACGACAUAGAACAAGACGCAGAUGACAUUGACCACUAUCAUCAUUAUAAUCACUACCAAAACAACACCGAGAUGGGAGAAACAGGGAGCAACAGCUCUUACAUGAACGGCGGCGAGAGCUACCACAACUUUCCUCUUCCACCACCUCCUCCUCUGGUGAUUGCUCCAGAGAGUUUUGAGGAGCAGAUGAUGAUGGCUAUGGCUGUGUCUUUGGCAGAGGUUCAUGCCACGACCACCACAAGCGCACCAACUGAAGUUACUUGGCAAUAAGUAAGUAGGAGGGCUUUAGUAGUAAUGGAAACUCAUUGUGUGUGUAUUUUCACUUCGUUCAUAUAAAUGCUUGUUCCUAUAGGAAAAAAGAAAAAAAACACAGUAAUUUUCAGAUUUAAUAGAAAGAGUUGGGAACUCACGUGUGUGUUUUUGUUUGGUCAUAGACAAGUAGUAAAGAUCACUUGUUUGUUUGCCUGUUUUGAUAGUAAAAGAAUGAGAAGAGAAAGUCA